UCAGACCUUGCGCUGCAGGGAGAGCCCUGGCUGUGGUCGAGGGGCGCAGGAGACCCGAGGGAAGGGGCAGCCAGCCGCCUGAUUGACAGCCCGAAAUCUGAUACUGUGAAAGAGACGUGGAGCCAAUGGGAGGCAGCGAUCCAUCAGUUUGGAUUGGAGGCCCCUGGAGGAGAAGUAGAGGAAAAACCACCGAAUUGAGCUCUGUCAGAGGCGCUUUCGGCUUCCAAGGGGAAGUGCUGGGCAAUAAUUAAUGUUUUUAUUAAAUUUGGAGGGAAUUUUUUGCAGCCGUUCUCCUAGCGUGGCCUUCAGGUUGCUAGAAGUCCAGAUCCCGAGGAAAUCUCCAGCUAAAUGCUCAAAAUAUAAAACACUGAGCUAAUAUUUGCGAAGAGCAGCAGAAUGGAUGGAUUUUAUGACCAGCAAGUGCCUUACGUGGUCACCCCUAGUCAGCGUGGGAGAAAUUGUAACGAGAAACCAACAAAUGUCAGGAAAAGAAAAUUCAUUAACAGAGAUCUGGCUCAUGACUCAGAAGAACUGUUUCAAGAUCUAAGUCAAUUACAGGAAACAUGGCUUGCAGAAGCUCAGGUACCUGACAACGAUGAGCAGUUUGUGCCAGACUAUCAAGCUGAAAGUUUGGCUUUUCAUGGCCUGCCACUGAAAAUCAAGAAAGAACCCCACAGUCCGUGUUCAGAACUCAGCUCUGCCUGCAGUCAAGAGCAGCCCUUUAAAUUCAGCUAUGGAGAAAAGUGCCUGUACAAUGUCAGUGCCUAUGAUCAGAAGCCACAAGUGGGAAUGAGGCCCUCCAACCCCCCAACACCAUCCAGUACUCCAGUGUCCCCCCUACAUCAUGCAUCUCCAAACUCAACACACACUCCGAAACCUGACCGGGCCUUUCCAGCUCACCUCCCUCCAUCGCAGUCUAUUCCAGACAGCAGCUACCCCAUGGACCACAGAUUUCGCCGCCAGCUUUCUGAACCUUGUAACUCCUUUCCUCCUUUGCCGACAAUGCCAAGGGAAGGACGUCCUAUGUACCAACGCCAGAUGUCUGAGCCAAACAUUCCCUUCCCACCACAAGGCUUUAAGCAGGAGUACCACGACCCAGUAUAUGAACAUAACACCAUGGUUGGCGGUGCGUCCAGCCAAAGCUUUCCCCCUCCUCUGAUGAUUAAACAGGAACCCAGAGAUUUUGCAUAUGAUUCAGAAGUGCCUAGCUGCCACUCAAUUUAUAUGAGGCAAGAAGGCUUCCUGGCUCAUCCCAGCAGAACAGAAGGCUGUAUGUUUGAAAAGGGACCCAGGCAGUUUUAUGAUGACACCUGUAUUGUCCCAGAGAAAUUCGAUGGAGACAUCAAACAAGAGCCAGGAAUGUAUCGAGAAGGACCCACAUACCAGCGACGGGGGUCACUUCAGCUCUGGCAGUUUUUGGUAGCUCUUCUGGAUGACCCUUCAAAUUCUCAUUUCAUUGCCUGGACUGGUCGUGGCAUGGAAUUUAAGUUGAUUGAGCCUGAAGAGGUGGCCAGGCGUUGGGGCAUUCAGAAAAACAGGCCAGCUAUGAACUAUGAUAAACUUAGCCGUUCACUUCGCUAUUAUUAUGAAAAGGGAAUCAUGCAAAAGGUGGCUGGAGAGAGAUAUGUCUACAAAUUUGUGUGUGAUCCAGAAGCCCUGUUCUCCAUGGCCUUUCCAGAUAACCAGCGCCCACUGCUGAAGACAGACAUGGAACGUCACAUCAAUGAGGAGGAUACCGUGCCUCUGUCUCACUUUGAUGAGAGCAUGGCAUACAUGCCGGAGGGGGGCUGUUGCAACCCGCACCCCUACAAUGAAGGCUAUGUGUACUAGCACAAGUGACAGUCGAGCAGGGCGGCCCUCCUCGUGCUUUUCCUCUGUCUGCAAGAUGCAGAGAAUCACUGAAUUCUCUUUAAUCUCUGUUUUAUUUUUGUCGUUUGUAUUUUAUUUUUUAAAAUAAUAAUACAGAAAAGGGGCUUUUCCUGUUACAUUAUUCUAUGGUCUGUUAUGGACUGCGCACUUUAUUUGUGGGUGGGUGGGAGGAUUCUAAACAUUUAUUCUGGGUAACAGGAAGACAAUGGGUGAAUAGGUAGGGGAUGUGGUGAUUCUUUUUACUUAGGCUGGGGAUGGGGGUCCUACAGGUUUUAAGUAUGAUGAAGCUCUAUCAUGUCUAUUUGAUUUCAUAAUAACAUAAGAUAAUGUUCAUUUUCUCUGGGUACCUAUGGUACAGCUAAUUAUCACAUAUGUAAAUAUCCACUUGGAGACUAUUUGCCUUGGGCAUUCUUUCUCCCAUCAUUAAUGAGUCUCUGCAGGUGUACAAAAAAAAUCUACUGUAAAUGACAGUUUAAUUGUUAGAAAUGACUGUUUUUGCACCUCUUGUAAAAAAAAAAAGGUAUUUAGUGACUGCAUUUGUCAUUUUUAUUUUGUUUUGAUUGCUUUCUCUAUGACUUGCAGAAGAUAAUCGUUAAAAUGGCUCAUUUCUCUUUGAAGUUGCAUAUUUACCAUGAUUGUACAUGAGGGGAGACCCAACACAAAGUUGGACUGUGGCUUCUGAGUCACAGGCCAAUAUUAGCAUUACAAUGAUCUAAUGCCACCUUACUGUUUAUGUACAAAUCAUAUUGUCUUUUAGAUAUUUUGCAACCCAUUUCAGUUAAGUACUAUAUGUCAUGGUCCUUUGUAAUCUUGAGUUAAAUGUGAAAUCUGGAAUCACAAUGAAGAAAAAAAAACCCCUGUCUCCUUUCAGUUUCUUCAGUGCAUACAUACAUUACUUAACCAAUAAGAAUUAACUGUACUAAAUCACCUAUUAUGCUGUUCUCCUUACAGCAAGCACUCUUUAAGAAAAAUAUCCACUACACUAAAUAGGUACUAUAGUAAUUUUUAGACAUGGUACCCAUUGAUAUGCAUUUAAACGUUUUACUACUGUGUUAUGUUGAUAACAUAUAUAAAUAUUAGAUAAUGCUAAUGCUUCUGCUGCUGUCUUUUCUGUAAUAUUCUCUUCCAUGCUGAAUUUACUAUGACCGUUUAUAAGCAAUGCAGAUAUAACUACAGAUAGCAUUUCAAGACAAAAUAGAUGACUCAAACCAUUUAUUGCUUAAAAAAAUAGCUUAUGCUGUGCUAUGCUAUAAAGCAGCUUUUCUGCACAUUGACGAAUGAAGAGUAAGCUUCAGCUUGCUAAGGGAAACUGUGGAAAAGUUUUUGAUGUUGGCAAAAUAGAAAAUUCUUUACAAAGUGUUCAAGGACAUGAGCAAGUUGCUAUGUGCCAUAGUGUUGACACUGACCAUGAUCUGUCAUCUCAUUUGGGACAUUCCUGUAAAUGCGAUUGUGUUGUUUGAGAGAAGAUGUAAAGAUCUGGAGUUUCAAAGAUUUCUUUCUUUGUUUUUGUUUUCCAUUCGGGGAAAAUAUUGAAAGCAGGAGUUGUUGCAUUCACUGUGAAAUAAACAACAACAA